GAAUAUGAAUGAGACUUGGAGGGCUUUAGGACCCGGGAAGCAGCGAGCGUGGUGUCCCACUGACGGAGCGACGCACAGCACAUACAUAAAGACAUUAGGCAAUGGCGCAGACGGGCUUUGGGCGAAGAUACUUCAGAGCGUUUGUUAGUGGCUUUUUUGUAGCCGUUCCAGUGACAGUGACGGUUUUAGAUCGUCUUGCCUAUGUGGCACGCGUAGAAGGUGCCUCCAUGCAGCCGUCCUUGAACCCAGACGGAGGGUCGUCACCUGAUGUUGUGCUGCUGAACCGCUGGACUGUGAGGAACUACCAAGUGCAGCGAGGGGACGUUGUGUCAGUUCUGAGCCCGAAGAACCCUCAGCAGAAGAUCAUCAAACGGGUCAUUGGGAUCGAGGGUGACUUCAUCAAAACGCUGGGUUAUAAAAACCGUUUUGUAAGAGUUCCAGAUGGACAUCUGUGGAUCGAGGGAGACCAUCAUGGCCACAGUUUCGACAGCAACACAUUUGGACCGGUUUCCCUGGGUCUUAUCCACGGCCGGGCGUCUCACAUCAUCUGGCCUCCCAGUCGGUGGCAGCGGAUCGAGCCGUCUGUCCCCUCAGACCGAAGACCACUGUUAAACUGGAAUGGAGCAACGGACGACAGUAAUGAUGACUGAAAUGAAGGACAU